AUGACGGCGGGUUCGACGUGGACGUUCGUGAACGGCGUCAAGGUGACGCAGGUCCCAGGCGAGGCGCCCGCGAGCCGCAGCGCGCCGCCCGUGCUGCUGCCGGCGAAGCACACGCCGAUCAUGGCGACGGGCAUCUCGGCGCCAAAGCUCGAGCUGUCCGGCCAGCACGCGGCGGGACAUUCGGGGCUGCCGCCGCCGCCGCCGGGCACAGUCUUCCUCUCGAGCAUCCCGGAGGCGCUCGACGACGCCCAGCUUCUCCAGCUCAUCUGCACCUUUGGCGACGCGACGUCGCUGCAGCGCGCGUUGACGUUUGCGACCUUCACGUACAGCGAGGGGGACGAGAUGGGGCAGACGGCCAUCUACGCGCUCAACGGGCUCGAGCUCGGCGGCGCGAGCCUCGCCGCGCGCAAGGCCACCGCGCAGGACCUAGCCGCCCUCCGGGGGUCGGCGGAGCUGCGCGAUGAGGCAAACAGACAGAGCUCUGCUUCCCUGCCGCCUCUCCCCGCCGCCGCCGCCUCCACUCUCCCCACCGCACCCUCUGCCGCGCCCAAGCCGCCGGCAAACGGCGGCGGCGCGGAGGGUGCGCCCAAGCCCUGGGUCGUCGAGCUGCGCGGCGUGGUGGGCGACGACACCGACGCCGACAUCGCCGAGCAGGACGUGCUCCGACCUCGGGGACACGACACAGCGAUGCCUUCGAGCAAGCUCGCGUUCCAUUCGGCCGUAUGCGACUGCAUCGCCGCCACACCUCACUGCGCAGGAGUGCGGUACGCCGACGGCGCCUUUUUCGCGGACAAGGCGGACGCCGACCGGGUGUGCAAGGCACUUGGCGGGCGAAAGUACCUCGGCCGCACCGUGCAGGCCAAGCUGCUGCCGCAGGAUGAGAAGUAGAGCACUCUCGCGCGCGGUCGACGUCGGCUGAAGGGAGCGAG